GGAGCUCAUCACCGCCGUAAAGGCAGGAGACGAGGUCAUGGUCAGGAACGUCCUCGCCAUGGGAGGAGACCCCAAGGUGACCAUCCCAACUAACAGUGGUGGGUCGGGGUGCCUGGUACUGUUUGCUGCUUACCAUGGCCACGCCCACCUCCUGCCCUGCCUGCUGGGGGCGGGGCUCAGCGUGGAGGGCAGCGGCACUGACGACAAAACACCACUGAUGACGGCUGGCAGAAUGGGCCACAAGACGACGUUAGAGAAGCUGCUCAGCAUUGGUGCCAACCCGCUGGCUGUUGACAAUGGAGGAUGGACGGCCCUCCACUGGGCUGCAGUAGAUGGUGAAGCUGAGUGUGUGUCUACCCUCAUCCUGGUCACGCCGCCCACCCCCGAGCUGCUGCAGACCGCCGACGGACACACCCCGGUGCACCUCGCCAGCUUUGGUGGCCACGAGGCUGUGCUGAAUGCCCUGGAGGGGGCUGGCUGGCCUCUUUACGCAAUGGACGGCGAUGGCCUGACACCCCUGCACUGGGCUGUUAAGGCAGGGCGUCUGGACGUGGUCCGGUACCUGAUGGAUAAGGAUGCGGCGCCCAGUACGGGGGCCGGUGAUGACCUCACGCCUCUGGACAUGGCUAAGAGGCAGGGUAAAGACUUAGCAGCGAGGUGGCUGGCGAGGAGGAGCGGCGCGGUGCACGGGGACGCCGCCCACAGCCUGAAUCCUGAGGUCACGUCCAGUGCCGGGGUGAACGCUGCAGCAGGUGACGACACGCUGCGGCCAGAGGACGUGAGGAAACUGCUUGGCUUCAGGGAAUGGCUGAUAGACGGCUUCAACGAGAAGGAGCUCAUCACCGCCGUAGAGGCAGGGGAGACGAGGUCAGGGUCAGGACGGCCUCGCCAGGGGAGGAGACCCAAUGCCUGGUGGCAGAGGCUGUCUGCCCGGGCCACGCCCACCUCCGGCCCUGCCUGCUCGGGGCGGGGCUCAGCAGUGGAGGCAGCAGCACUGACGUCAGAAACACCACUGACGCUGGCUGCCCUGCAUAACCACGAAACGACGGUAAAGAAGCUGCUCAGCCUUGGUGCCGACCCGCUGGCUGUUGACAAUGUAGGAUGGACGGCCCUCCACUGGGCUGCAGUAGAUGGUGAAGCUGAGUGUGUGUCUACCCUCAUCCCGGUCACGCCGCCCACCCCCGAGCUGCUGCAGGCCGCCGACGGACACACCCCGGUGCACCUCGCCAGCUUUUAUGGCCACGAGGCUGUGCUGAAGGCCCUGGAGGGGGCUGGCUGGCCUCUUUACGCAAUGGACGGCGAUGGCCUGACACCCCUGCACUGGGCUGUGAAGGCAAGGCGUCUGGACGUGGUCAGGUACCUGCAGGAUAAGGACACGGCACCCAGUACGGGGGCCGGUGAUGACCUCACGCCGCUGGACUUGGCUAAGAGGCAGGGAAAAGACUUAGCAGCGAGGUGGCUGGCGAGGAGGAGCAGCGCGAUGCAAGGGGACGCCGCCCACAGCCUGCUCCCCGAGGUCACGCCCAGUGCCGGGGUGAACGCUGCAGCAGGUGACGACACGCUGCGGCCAGAGGACGUGAGGAAACUGCUUGGCUUCAGGGAAUGGCUGAUAGACUACUGGAACGACCUCAACAGGAAGAUUCAGUGGAGUAGCGGUGCAGGCAGGGAGUUCAUUGCGGCAAGGCUGCUUGGGAGGUUUCUGUGGUACCUGAACUUUGUCGAAGGCUUAGGUGAUGUCUCUCAGGACGAGAUGGCACUGUCCCCCGUCAGCUUUCUGUUGGGCGACAGUCUCGGUAUCGAGAGCGAGGGCGUGCGUGGUUCCCCUGCCUGGGCGGAACCCAAACUGUAG